UUUAAGAAUUUUGUAUUUUGGCAACACAACAAUGUUAACAGACAGUUUAUUACUGAAAAAAAAAUUACUUACUGGGUUUCUGUUCAUUUUCUCCUUGUAUGUAGAAACAAAAAAAACAUCAAGAAUCUUUCCCGCUUAGUUGUCCGCCCCCAUACAGAUGCUGUUUACCAUGCUUGCUUUUCUGAGGAUGGUCAAAGAAUAGCUUCUUGUGGAGUUGAUAAAACCCUACAGGUGUUCAAAGCUGAAACAGGAGAGAAACUGCUAGAAAUCAAGGCUCAUGAGGAUGAAGUGCUUUGUUGUACAUUCUCUGCAGAUGACAGAUUAAUAGCAACCUGCUCAGUGGAUAAAAAAGUGAAGAUCUGGAAUUCUCUGACGGGGGAACUAGUACAUAUCUAUGAUGAGCACUCAGAGCAAGUCAACUGCUGCCACUUUACCAACAACAGUCAUUACCUUCUCUUAGCCACUGCGUCAAGUGACUGCUUCCUCAAACUCUGGGAUUUGAAUCAAAAAGAAUGUCGAAAUACCAUGUUUGGCCACACAAAUUCAGUCAAUCACUGCAGAUUUUCACCAGAUGAUAAGCUUUUGGCUAGUUGUUCAGCUGAUGGAACAUUAAAGCUUUGGGAUGUGAAAUCAGCAAACGAGAGGAAAAGCAUUAAUGUGAAGCAGUUCUUCCUAAAUUCAGAGGAGCCUCAAGAGGAUAUGGAAGUGAUCGUGAAAUGCUGUUCAUGGUCUACUGAUGGUGCUAGGAUAAUGGUGGCAGCAAAAAAUAAAAUCUUUCUUUUUGACAUUCAUACCAGUGGCUUAUUGGCAGAAAUCCCUACAGGCCAUCACAGCACCAUCCAGUAUUGUGACUUCUCCCCGCAAAAUCAUUUGGCAGUGGUGGCUUUGUCCCAGUGCUGUGUGGAGUUGUGGAAUAUGGAUUCGUAUUUAAAAGUGGCUGAUUGCAGAGGACAUUUAAGUUGGGUUCAUUGUGUGAUGUUUUCUCCUGAUGGAUCAUCAUUUUUGACAUCUUCUGAUGACCAGACAAUCAGGCUCUGGGAGACAAAAAAAGUAUGUAAGAAUUCUGCUAUUGUGUUAAAGCAAGAAAUAGAUGUUGUGUUUCAAGAAAAUGAAGUGACGGUUCUUGCAGUUGACAAUAUAAAACGUCUGCAGCUCAUUAAUGGAAAAACAGGUCAGAUUGAUUAUCUGACUGAAGCUCAAGUUAGUUGCUGUUGCCUAAGUCCACAUCUUCAGUACAUUGCAUUUGGAGGUGAAGAUGGAGCCAUUGAGAUUUUAGAGCUCCUAAACAACAGAAUCUUCCAAUCCAGGAUUGGGCACAAGAAAAUUGUGCGGCACAUCCAGUUCACAGAUGAUGGGAAGACUCUUAUUUCAAGCUCUGAUGAUUCUUCAAUUCAGGUAUGGAAUUGGCAGUCAGAAGAAUAUGUCUUUCUACAAGCCCACCAGGAAACAGUGAAAGACUUUAAGCUCUUGAAAAAUUCAAAACUGCUUUCCUGGUCAUUUGAUGGAACAGUGAAGGUAUGGAGUAUUAUUACUGGAAGAAUAGAAAAAGACUUUGUCUGUCACCAGGAUACAGUACUUUCUUGUGAUAUUUCUCCUGAUGCUACCAAGUUUUCAUCUACAUCUGCUGAUAAGACUGCAAAGAUUUGGAGUUUUGACCUUCUUUCCCCUCUUUGUGAAUUGAGGGGCCACAAAGGCUGUGUGCGCUGCUCUGUCUUCUCUGUGGACAGUGCCCUUUUGGCGACUGGAGAUGACAAUGGAGAAAUUCGGAUAUGGAAUGUCUCAAAUGGUGAGCUGCUUCAUUUGUGUGCUCCGAUUUCAGUAGAAGAAGGAGCUGCUACCCAUGGAGGCUGGGUGACUGACCUUUGCUUUUCUCCAGAUAGCAAAAUGCUUGUCUCUGCUGGAGGAUAUCUUAAGUGGUGGAAUGUUGUCACUGGGGAGUCCUCACAGACCUUCUACACAAAUGGAACCUAUCUUAAGAAAAUACACGUGUCCCCUGACUUCAAAACAUAUGUGACUGUUGAUAAUCUUGGUAUUUUAUAUAUUUUACAGAUGUUAGAAUAAAGUAGUUAAGGAUUAAUGUAAGUUGAACUUUUUAAUUUUGAAUUGGAAAAAAUUCUAGUGAAACUCUCUGUAUUUCGACUUUUUGUAAAGCUGUGAAUUGUUUUGCAGUUAUUGCAUUCAUUACAAAAGUGUUUGUGGUUGGAUGAAUAAUGUUAAUGUAGCUUUUUCCUAAAUGAACGCACCUUUAAUCUUGUUUUUCAUAAUCAUCAUCAUUAUUGUUAACAGUUUGUCCUUAAGGUGCAAAUGAAAAUGUAAAUACGUACCUUAUUAUACUGUUCGUAAAAUUCUCUCAUGAUGCAUUCAAAUUGGUUGACAUAAUUAAUGAGAAUAAUUCGGAGGAAAUAUGUAUUUUAAUGCUAUUAUUAUGCAGGCUGUGCCUCAGGAUAGCAGACCUGCUUUCUGAACCACAUUUACCCCAAAGGGCAUAGUUCUCCCAAUUACAAUCUUGGGGCUUAUUUGUACCCCUUAAAUUUGCUUUAAAAAUAUUAUGUCUGCCUGCAAUGUUUCUUUUAAUUCACUCAGUAAGUGAGUGUUGGAUUUCAAAAGUUGUUUGAAGCAAAAGUUCUUGUGAAGCAAAAAUUAUACGUGUUGAAGAGAGUAGAUUUUAUUGGUUUACCUUUUCCUCAUUAGCUGAUGGCAGCUCUGUGCUGCAGUGGGACUCUAGUAGUCAGUCUCUGAGUUGGGUGCUGUCCUGCUCGCUCUGGUUUUUUAUGUACCAGACUUGUUACUUGACUGAACUUGACCUUUUUAAAUCCUCAUUUUCUUCUUCUUCUUUUUUUUUUCCUUAAACAAUUGUCCUGCAGUUGAAUUUUUGUUAAUUAGAGUAAUUGGGGAGGAGCCAGUUUUCAUUAAAGUUUGAACAGGAUUUUUCUAAGAAAUAUAGUAAAAAAAUCCAUUUUCUUCUAAGUCUGUUUACUUAGAUGAAUGGCAUUGUCAGUGCUGUUUUCAGUGAAUUUCAAGAGAAUUCUCUAUGGUUUUCUAUGCAGUAACAGAAGAGUUAUCGUGACUCUGGAAGAUGUCACUUUUAACCUACCAACUGUUCUAUUUUCCUUCUCCUUUUCCCUCCUUCUCUCCUUCCUGUCCCUUCCUCCCUUUUUCCCUCCGAGGUUAAUCAGGAAAGAUAGCUCUUGACAGGGAAAAAGUACAUCAGCAUCAGUAACUAGCUUUUUUUUUAACCUCCUGAUUAGGAACUUUAAUUGCAGUUUAAAUCUCCAUUUCCCCUGACAAUAUAUUGUUAAGGGAAAUGGCAAUAAUUUAAUAAUAGAUGUGGUUCAUAUAAGAAAAUAACCAAAAUUCAAAAAUUUUGCUGCUGCAAUAGGAACUAAAUCAAAUGAGUAUUAGUGUUAAUAGUAGGUAAGUAGUGAGCCAGUUUCUGUUGUUGGUGUGCAUUAGAUGUGGUGUAGGUAGGGGGGCCUCGACCACUCCAGAUGUAUUUUAGAUUAAAUAUACUAUUUAGUAUUUAAGGGAGCCAUAAAUAAAAUUAUUAAGGAGGUUUGGCUUUUGUUUUUUUUAUGAUGGGUUGAGGAACUAGUUUAUAGGCUUACUGUGAUUUAAGCAAAUGUGAUGUGAAAAUCUUAAUUUUAUGAAAAAGUUUCUGUAAAUGAUAUAUUGUGCUUAGAGUAUCCAAAUCAUAAUUUUGAUUUGCAUACAGUGUUUAGGAACUCAUUUAUAACUCAGAGUAUAAAGUAUUAACUUUUGGAAUUAAAAGCCACUUGACUGUUAAAGUGUAGAACAAACAUCGGCUUUUAAAAAACCUUGAUUGGCUCUUGUCUUUAAAAUGAAAAAUGGGAAGAAAAGGUAACAUGACAAAAAGGCAAGGUAAAAAACAAGGUAACUUGAAGUAAGAAGAGAAGCCUAGCAUAAUGGCGCUGCAUGUUUCAAGGCAGCUCAAGUGGUCAGUCAAGGGGGGAGGGUUUUGUUUUAUACUUGCAGAUGAGCAUUUUUCAAGCAUUUUCCCUUGCUUUAUUUUUUGUAAUGGAAAUUACAUUGCAUUUUAUAUAUGUAAAGGUUUUUUUUACAUUGUGUGUGUCUUGUAUGUUUUGAAAACUUUUGUAUUUAUGAUACAGGUCACAUGUUUUUGUUUUUUGUUUUUUGCUUUGGUAUACAUUUUAACACAUGAAGUAAAAAAUUUAUAAAAAAUAAAAUUUCUAAAAUAUUUUUGAAAAACA